AUGUCGCUUGCCAAAAGGAACAACGGAUGCUACGAGUGCUGCAAGCGACGUCUCAAGUGUGACAAGACAGAGCCUGAGUGUCUCAAAUGUCAGAAGAAAGGCAUCUCAUGUUCGGGCCAGGGUCUACGGUGUCGCUUUAGCAGCCAUAUGGCUGUUGGCUCGACACCUGCCACCGCGAAGCCGCAGGCCUUGACCUUGACGUUUAAUGCUGCAGCCUCUCAGUCUUCCUCAGAUCAGCUCAGUCCUACUCAAGCUGAGAAGAGCUUUCGAUGGGUCGAGCCUGGACAGCGGGUCAGGAAGGAUCGUGCCAGAAAGGAGCAGAGAAGAAACACCCAUGAUAGCCCGACUACGUUGCGGAAUAUGGAUUCUGCAUCUUCUGAUGAGAGCGCCUCUCCGUCUUCUGAUGAAUCUUCAUCGGAAGGGAGUACCGCUGUUAUAUCAUAUCCUUACAGUAUCAGUAUCCAUCCAGCGCUCAACGGGACGUCGAGUCCCCAGACGAGAAUGAUGUUCAGCCACUUCUCCGAAAUCAUUGCUUCACAUAUGGUCGUACUAGACUCCGCCACCAACGGCUACCGAGACGUCAUCCUACCACUAGCCUGCCACGACGAUACUCUCGCACAAGCCGUCUCCGUCGUAUCAGCAUUCCACCUCGGCCAAAAGAACCCCAAGCUGCAACGCGCCGCCGAAGCCGGCCACCAAGCCAUCGUCCAAAAGCUACGGCGAGAUUCACUUCAACUCAGUCCUGAGCAAGUCUUCAACCCUUACAUUCUGGCAACUAUCUUGGUGCUUCUGGUUGGUGAAACCAUCACAGGUGCUGAUAAUUACACCUAUCUGUUGGAAAUGCUCAACUGUCUCACGCAAUCCCCGGAUUGGAUCACCAUGCUGCCACCAAGUCUCAAGGAGUUUUUCCUGCAGCAGAUCAAGAUGUUUCAGCUUUUUGGUGUCCCUUUGGCUAAUGAGGCUAAAGGCCUCAAGGUUCUUACCGGCCCAGAAGCAUAUCUUGAUUUCAUGGCCUAUCCCGAACUACCGCUGGAUUCAGAGCACUACUUCAACGUCGAGACGAUCCGGUCUGCCAUCUUCGACGCAUGCAGCAUCUACCGUAGACGCGCCGAAUCCUCGCUCAGCGACGAUGAAUCCAUCCAUUUGGUCGAACAAUUGCGACAGAAGGUUCUCACGCUUGACUGCGGGACGAAAGGCGCCCACGCACUCGUCUGGACAUACUUUGUAGCAGCCGCCGAGAGUAUUUUACCGGAGCAUAGGGAAUUCUUCUCAAAACGGCUUGCGGAUCUUUAUAGUGUGACCAACUUUGGAAGUAUUCCUGCUGCGGUGAAGGCCUUGCGGACUAUUUGGGGCAUGCAAGGUACGCGGCGGUGGACGGCGAUAGUCAGCAGUGAAACUCCAAUUCUUAUCAUGUAA